UUAUUCUGGAAAAAAGUAUAGGGAGAGAAAGAAGAGAGAGCAAAGAUAAUCUAUUGAAUGUCACAAGUGAACUCGUAAUAAUAAAGUUAACUUACCUAUUGAGCAGUUUUAAUUAUUAGUCAAACUCAUUUGCCUACAAUUAUUCCAGCUAUCCUUGUUAUUCCAUCCAGACUCCAAAUUUCAUAGAAAUCAGUAUUUAAAGCCGAAUCGAAAUGGAUAGCUCAACAGACCAAAAUCACAUUGAACCAUCUAUUGGACAGAUUUAUAUUGACAGUGGCAAUCUACUUAGGGUCGAAGAGGUUAAAAGGCAAGCAACAUUAUUGCCUGAUGAAGAGGUAGUUACUGGGUUGAGUAUUGCGGUCAAUGCUUGGAGAAACAAAAAGAUCAAUCAUGUUGUCAAAGAUUCAAAAUUGAUAAUCUCUAAAUUCUCUGGGGAAGAUAAAAUUGACCCAACGACAAGGGAGAAUUGUAAAAUUACAAUUAAACUGUUCAUUUACAGUGACAUAUGCACUUUAUUGGAGGAUGCCCUUGAUUUUGCUCUUGAAAUGUUAAACACGGACUAUCUGGACUCAUUGAUAAUUGCCAUUCAAUCCUCUGAUGGGACAAAAUUGCCCAUGGAUAAGAUAAAGAGCAUUUGGAAAUGUACAGAAAAAAUUGGAAUUAAUAAGGUUAAAGACUUUGGCAUGUCUGAUUUGGAUACCGAUCAAUUGGCCGAACUUUACCAAUCCGCAAAACAGAUCAAACCAUCCAGUAAUCAAAUUAAUCUAGAAUCUUGUUGCGUUAUACCACCAGAAAUGCGAGAUUUUGCUCAGAAUAACAACAUCAAAUUGCUGACUCAUAAUGAUCCUCGAGAUUUUCUAUCUACUGAAAAGUUUAAUCAAAUAAUUUCAUGCUGUGGCAUAGAGGAUGUUCAAAACUGGUCCCGAUUUUGGAUCGCCAGGUAUACCAUUUUACAGAAACAUAAAGGAAUCGUCCAGAACAAGGGAUACAUCUUGUCGACUCAAAAGAAAUAGAGACAAAGUUUCAAUUUAAAUUGAUUUUAUCAACUUAUAAUUUGCAAUUAUGUCCAACACAAAAUAAAAAUAAACCAUUUAACCAAUUAA